GUCAUCAUAAUUCGUAGUCAUCAUCAGUAAAUUUGCGAGCAUUUCUGUAAAAAGCAUAACAUCAUCGGAAACUAUUUGAAGGGGUGUGAAUUUUCAUAGGAUUUUCCGUACUUUUCCGGUUAUCAUUAACAAUAUGGAUUCAUUGGACGUGAUUGCCAAGAGGAUUGACCAUCUGAAUGAGUUGCUGGGACCGACUCCCGGUAGCACCGAGAAGUCGGGAGAAAACCUAACCGAAUCAGUCCUUUCGGCAGCAUCUUUCCUACCUUCGGCCAGCACCGGCCAUCUGGCGGACGGCAGUCCAAGGGAUCACAUUCUGAAGGCUUUCGAGCGAACCGAUGAGCUGGAAAACUAUCUGGAUCCCGCCUAUCUAGACGAAAAGCAGGACAUCAAGGCGAAGGAAACUUACAUCAAUACUGUGGCCAAUGAUUUGGCUGGCACGUUCGAAACGCUGCAAAAAAUCAAAGCUUUGGAGCCAACCCUGGGGGCAGAGUACUUCCGGAAUCUGCCGGAUGUUAGCGACCAGUUGAAGACCAUGACUGGCUCGAUGGCCGAACAGAAACAGGCCAACGAACUGCUCGAGGAGAGUUUGGUGAUUGCGAUGCAACGUUACAGUGAGAUUCAAACCGGUAUCAAGGAUUCCCUGAAGGCGAUGACCGAUCGAUUGGACAGUCUGGAGGAACGAUUGAAGGAGCGCAAGAAGCAGGAUAAAGAUGUUUGAAGUGUGAUUUUUAGGGAACACAAAAAUUAUUUAUUCCAUAAUAUGAUCAUUUAGGCAAAGCAUGCAAGGCAAAAUUAUGUAAGAUUAUAUUUGAUGCAACUAUAUAAAAAUAAUAAAUAC